AUGUGCCGCGCCGUCACCUGCCUUAGCUACUGCAUCGCCGUCACGACCAAGUCUCUCCUUUUCGCAGCCGAUGCGCAAUCGACUCUCGAGCCGACCUUGCGCUUCCUCGACCUCGUCUCGCUUCGGACGGAGCAGGGCACGCUGAAGGCGCGCUUGCCCAGGCCGCUUGAGCUGAAGGCUAGCAUAGUUGAGCAGUUGCCCGUCCAGGUUUGGGCACUUAUUCGCCGCGAGCUUGUCAACCUCGAGCUUGAGCGGGCGGAGCAACGGAUUGCGGAUUCGUUAACAUGCGGCGACUGCCGCUGGGAGAUGGAUGAGGCUGGCGAGGUUCCGAGGUGGAACUUCCCCGACUUUCCGGAAGCUCGUCACUGCUACGCUUGUUGGGAGUUUGGCGAAGACUUCGAAGGCAUCAAGCAGACACGACUCUCGACGCUCAUCAGUCAGCUCCUACGCCCGUUCGGUCUCACUCUGCCAGCCUGUGUCCCGGUCAUCGACUACGUCUUCCGCGACGAGAGACCGCCUCCUCUCCUCGCCGACUCGCGCACCGCAGUGUUCAUUUCGCUGAAACCAGCACAAGGAUCACGCCCACUUGCAUCCAGUACUAGCGCAGGUGAAUGGGACGAACGAGACGAGCAGGGCGUCUUCGACGUGUCCUUCGCCCUGCCGCCCGGCGCCGAUCAACGCUUCCAUCGGCUUGUCUCACAGUACCACCUUCAGCCGGUGCGCAUCACGGACGGUACAGUCGUGGUCGCCGGAACCUCGGACUACGAGAACUCUCCAACCCCUCUGUUCGGCAAGCGGGUCUUCCAGCGUGACAGUACCCCUCGCCCGCAGUGGAAGCUCUUCUCAGCUUGUGAGACGACGUGGAAUUAG